AUGUUCAGCAAAAUCUUCUCUGUCGCUGCCAUCCUCGCUCUCAUUGGUGUCGCUGCUGCUCAGCCAGUUGCAAAUGUCCAAGCUAGAACGUGCAUGUGUGUUCCUAACACCAUGGGUACUGGUUGUACAAUGUCUCCAGAAUGCUACUCUCAGAAGUGA